AUGGCCUCGGACAAUGGCUCAAAAGCAUUAUACGAACAAGAACGCGAUUUCCUCGCUUCUCAAGCACAUCUCAUGAGCCAACCCGGGACGUCGUCUAUUCCCCUAGAUCCAUCAAGUCCAACAACACAGGGACCUUCUGGCUAUAACCAACCUUUACCGAUAGUCGGCGACAGACCACCAUCAUAUGUUGGCCCGGUUCGGCGCACUUCAACCUCCAGUACCCAAUUAAGACCUGUUCCUCUUAUCAAGGAGUCUAGCUGGUCAAAAUUCGAAGUUCCCACCAAAAAGAUAGAUUUGUCUUCAGGUUUUGCGUACGAUGAGAGACUAGCCCCGCUUCGAAUUUCGCACGAAGAAUGGUACCAAUUCAGCAGCGAAAUUGGCAUUGCUGCCAAACUCACGCCCGGUGAAGACUGGGCUGCUUGGACAGCUGGUAUCACGACUGGCACCCUUGCGAUCCCUUUCCUCCUCGUCUGGGCUCCCAAAUACGGAUACCGAACAGGGAAAUUCGUCCACAGAAAAUCUGUCCAGAGCAAUGUUCAGAAGAAAUUGGUCGGCGAUGGAGAACUGCGCAACGUUUUCAGGAAGUGGAACCAGAAUGUGUUCGCGCAUAAAGGAUUUCAGGCAUGGUUGGAGUUGCCAAGCGAUGAGAAAGAGAUCAAGCCCUCCUCCAAUGCCACCAAAGAAGAGAAGGAAACACUCAAGAAAGAAUUCGAGACAUCGAAGAAGUUCAAACUGUUGAUCCUGCCCUGGGACGGUUCGGAUAUGGGACCUACGAGCAUGGGAAUGCGUACGAGACAACCCAGCGUCCGUAAUAUUGUUGAGGCUGACGGCGAUCAGAUCCAAACAACGAGUCCUACUAACAUUAUACCUCCUCUGUCCGAGGCGCCGCCGCCAGAAGCUGAACAUUACGCUGUGAGCCCGUUGUCGACUUCAACAAGCCCGCAAUUUACGACGAACCCGAAUCCUUUGCCGAGAACGAUCAGUCGAAAAGAGCUGGCCGUUCACGGUGGGGAAGUAAGACACGAGAUGGCGGGAUGA